UUUGAUAGUGGUGAAUAAAAAUAUUUCCAUUCGAAAAAAAUGAAAAGACAAAAAUUCUAAAAAAAUAAAAAAAGCAAAUCCCCAUUUCCCUCCUAAUUCGUGGAGCCAAAACCCAAUUUCCAAUUUCACUCAAUUUUCAUUUUUCUGUAAAUCCCACCUCUUCAUCUCUUCAGAGUCAUCAAUGGAAGAAAUCCCUCUCUCAGAAAACAACUCUUCGCCUUCUGAUUCACCUCUUCCAAACACCCAACUGAGAAUUUCAUCUUCUCCAGCUUCAAUGGCAGAAACCCUCGAUAGGUCUCCGCCAUUUUCCCAACCUGACGCCAUGGACGGCCUUGCUUUGGCUUCUAUGCCCAAAAAUGCAGAUGGGUCUUCGCCUCUGAAAGCCCUGGGCGACCCAUCGCCGGAUUCUUCUUUACCAAACCCUAACGGCUCUUCACCAAUUUUUGAACAAGAACAAGGAGAACAAGAAGAAGAAGGUGAACAUUCUCUACUGCCUUCGCCUCUCAAUCUUGCCGGUAAUAAUUUAUCAAAUUGUGAAUCGAAUUCUUCCGAUUCAUUGCGAUUUUCGUCUUCUUGGUUCUCUCCGUGGACUUCAUCGUCUUCUACCAAGGAUUCGCUGAUUUCUUUACAAUCCCAGUAUCCCAUGGAAAAAACCAAACCCUCUAUGGUGAGUGCAGGGCUUGCAAAUCUAGGUAACACAUGCUUUAUGAAUGCAAUCCUGCAGUGCUUUACACACACUGUGCCGCUCUUGGAGAGUCUUCGUUCUUCCAAUCAUUCGAUGCCCUGUGAUUGUGGUAGUGAAGGAUUCUGCAUUCUUUGUGCUCUUCGUGAUCACAUUGAUCUUUCAAUAGCUUCUUCAGGAAGAGUUAUUUCACCAUGGAAACUUGUUGACAAUUUGAAUCAUAUCUCAUCUUACUUCCAAAGAUACCAGCAAGAAGAUGCACAUGAGUUUUUGCAGUGUUUUUUAGAUAAACUUGAGAGAUCUUCUUUGGAUUGUAUGAAAAAGGAUGAGAGUUACUCUGUGCAAGAUAAAAACCUUGUGGAAAGGGUUUUUGGUGGUCGUCUCCUAAGCAAACUCCGAUGUUGCAAUUGCGGUCACUGUUCUGACACGUAUGAACCUCUGAUUGAUCUGAGUCUGGAGAUUGAAGAAGCAGAUACACUUCCAAGGGCUCUGGAGUCCUUCACUAAGAUAGAAAAUAUCAAUGACUCUGAGACAAAGUUUACAUGUGAGAAGUGCAAAGAAGAAGUGUUGGUGGAGAAACAGCUUGUGGUUGUCCAGGCCCCUCAAGUUGCUGCAUUUCAUCUAAAGAGAUUUAAGACUGAUGGAUCUAAUGUUCAGAAGAUUGAAAAACAUGUAGAGUUUCCUCUGGAGUUGGACUUGAAGCCAUACACCAGUGGCAAUGACAUUGACAGCGAUGUGGAAUUGAAGUACGAACUUUAUGCAAUUGUUGAGCAUGUUGGGUUCUCAUCUACUUCUGGGCAUUACUUUUGCUUCAUUCGGUCGUCUCCAGAUACAUGGCAUAGGUUGGAUGACUCAAGGGUCACUAGGGUUCGAGAAGAAUUUGUUCUAUCACAGGGGGCAUACAUUCUGUUCUAUGCAAGGAAGGGUACUCCCUGGUUUUCGAGUGUAGUGGAAGCACUAAAGCCAUGCUUGGAUCCAGCUAUUAUGAGUACAUCACCUGUGUCGGUUCUAGAGAAUGUUGAGAACAUCAGUAAUUUAUCUCCUAGUGUGAAUGAUGUUCAUUGUCGUGCUGCCAAUGAACCCACCAAUGCUCGUGAGAUGAUUACUCUUUCGUUGAGUCCAGUGAGACCUAAAGGAGUUGAGGUCUCUGACACUAGAGGUGCAGCUAGUGGACUUUCUGAACGGAUUAACGGAUCUAGGCGUGAUGCUGGUUGUUCCAAGGAGACUAUAGAUACUGAUGCUGUCAUUGAUGCUUCGACUCCAGGUCGGGGACGAAACAAUUUUGAUAAAAUGUCACUCAAAACUGAGAAUAUAUGUAGUACAUCAACUCUUGUUGGAAGUGGCUGUCAUAAAGGGUCUGCUAGAGUUAUUCUCCAACCUAUGACGCCACCUAGAUCUCCAAGUCCAGAUUUGGUUUUUGAGUCUCCAGAACCAAGUUUUCGUCUUCCACAUGAUCAUGUGAAGUCAGCAGACAACGUGACAUGUAAAAGAUCAUUGAACAAUGUUAUUCGAAUGGAUCAUUUGAAGUCAGCGGACAAUGCGUUGUGUAAAAGAGCUUCGAACAAUGUUGUAGAUGAUGCAGAGAGAACUGAAGCUCUCAGAUAUCUUUCAAAAAAAAGUCUGACUAAGGGGAGGGCAAGUCAACUCUUAGCUGCCAUGGUAGGACCUCAGAGUGGAAGUUCUUUGGACAAGAAACGGAAGAGAGUGGGAUCAUCGCCGUGCAAAAAGGUCAGCCGUGGUGGCGGCAGCCUUAAAACCAACCACACCAUGCGUCCUGUGACAGCUGCAUUACGCUGAGUGCGGUUUUUUUGUGGGAUAUUUUCGCUAUGAAGUUCAUUUGGUUGAUCAUUUGCCUUUUAAGCUGUCUAGUUAAGCAACAAAUGUAAAGAUGGUUUGUUCAAAUAUUUCAUUUGAACAGAAACAAAAAGAAGAUUUGAUCUUAUAUUGUAGGUGCAAAAUCCUGUAGAGUGUGUUUAUCAUUAUAAUUUUUGGCACAGGAGGAAAUUCAACCGAUGAGGAGAUUUUGAUUCG